AUGUUUCCCAAUGCAUUGACGACCACCGACAUGUUUGGAAACGAUAGUCCAUUCAGAAAUUCAAUGCGCCAAAUGGACCAAAUGAUGAAUUCAUUUUUUGGCGGAUUCCCUGAUCCAAUGGCUGGCAUGAUGAUGCCAUUUGGAGGUGGAAUGUUUGGAAAUUUUGGUUCCAUGAUGGGAAUGAAUAAUAUGAAUAAUAUGAAUAAUCCUAUGAAUAUGAUGAUCAGUGGUAAUCAUCCAGGCCAAUCAUUCAGCAGCAGCAGCAGUACAUUUAUGUCAUAUUCAUCAAAUGGACCAAAUGGACAACCACAAGUAUAUAAAGCUUCCACUUCUACACGUACUGGUCCAGGAGGAGUAAAAGAGACUAAAAAAGCAGUUAGUGAUUCAAGAACAGGUGUUAAGAAGUUGGCUAUUGGGCAUCAUAUCGGAGACCGUGCACACAUUGUUGAACGUCAACAAAAUUUAUAUUCUGGAGACCAAGAAGAAAACCAAGAAUAUAUUAAUUUGGAUGAUGAUGAAGCUGAAGAGUUCAACAACGAAUGGCGCAAAAAAGCUCAAAACAUUAAUUCACAUCGUAGUCGUUACUUGCCCUACACUCAUAGAGUUCAAAAUUCUUCAGUUCCUUUAAAAAGGAAUCUCAAGGCUAUAGCUCCUCCUCCUCCUCCUUCAACAGCACGUAUCAGUGAGGUGUUGGCUGUAGAAGGUCCUCAAGAUCAAGGAAGAAAACGUGCAGCUAAGCAGCGAACCCCUAAAAAGAUCGAACAAUAUCCUGUAAAUGAUGCCUAA